AUGGCUGACCAUGUGUUGCUCAGCCUGGGCUUCUGUCAUCCUGGGGCCGGCUGCCGCUUGGCCUCCGUGCCGGCCGGCCGCGUGGCUCCCGUAGAGCUCGUCUUGAUCCGAGCUCGCCUCGGAGACUUCCCUGUCGGCCUGGACCCUCUCGAGGUCACGGCGGUGGACCUGGUGCCUGCGGCCCCUUCUGUGCUCCAAGCGAACUUCCUCGAGGUCCCGCUGCGUGACGGCAUCGGCGCCGCCCUGCUGGAGCCGUCGGACCCCCGGCGCUGCGCGGCGCUCCCGCUGGGGCAUUUUGACGGGGCGCUGCUGUCGAACGUGCUGCGGGCCAUGCCGAGGAGGCGGGAUCAGAGGCUGGCGAUCGCGCGCGCCGCGCGGACGCUGCGUGUCGGCGGGGUGCUGGUCAUCGCCGACCUCACCAAAUUUCGCUCCCUGCUGAGCCCUCGAGCCCUGCGCAGCUGGGGCCUCUCCCAGACG